GACAGCCCCCCCUCCCCCGGCUCCGCGGGCCCGGCCCCCUGGGGAGCCCCGGGGCGCAGGCGGGGGGUCGGGGGGCCCCGCCCGCCGCCGCCACCGGCCCCCGCCGCAGGGACAGGGACGGGGCGUCAGGCCGGUCCCGAGGGGGAGGCGGCGGCGGGCGGGGGGCCGGGACCAAGGCCGCUGCAGGGAUGUCGGGGCCCAAGGAGACCGGCGGAGGCGGGGGACCAGCCUACCACCUACCGCACCCUCACCCCCCGCAGCACGCCCAGUAUGUGGGGCCCUACCGGCUCGAGAAGACGCUGGGCAAGGGACAGACAGGCCUGGUCAAACUGGGCGUCCAUUGCAUCACUGGCCAGAAAGUGGCCAUCAAGAUUGUGAACCGGGAGAAACUGUCCGAAUCGGUGCUGAUGAAGGUAGAACGGGAGAUUGCCAUCCUCAAGCUCAUCGAGCAUCCUCACGUCCUCAAACUUCACGAUGUCUACGAGAACAAGAAAUAUUUGUACUUGGUUCUGGAACACGUGUCAGGGGGUGAGCUCUUUGACUAUCUGGUGAAGAAGGGGCGCCUCACCCCCAAAGAGGCCCGGAAGUUUUUCCGCCAAAUAGUGUCUGCCCUGGACUUCUGCCACAGCUACUCCAUCUGCCACAGGGACCUGAAGCCGGAGAACCUGCUUCUGGAUGAAGAGAACAACAUCAGGAUCGCAGACUUUGGCAUGGCUUCCCUGCAGGUGGGAGACAGCCUCUUGGAGACGAGCUGUGGGUCUCCCCAUUACGCAUGCCCAGAAGUGAUCAAGGGGGAGAAGUAUGAUGGGCGACGGGCUGACAUGUGGAGCUGUGGCGUUAUCCUCUUCGCACUUCUGGUGGGGGCGCUGCCCUUCGACGAUGACAACCUGAGGCAACUGCUGGAGAAGGUGAAAAGGGGUGUGUUCCACAUGCCCCACUUCAUCCCCCCAGACUGUCAGAGCCUGCUGAGGGGCAUGAUCGAGGUGGAGCCCGAAAAGAGACUCAGCCUGGAGCAGAUUCAGAAACAUCCCUGGUACCUGGGAGGGAAGCCGGAGCCUGAGCCCAGACUAGAACCGGCCCCCGGACGUCGAGUGGCCAUGCGGAGCCUGCCGUCGGGCGGGGAGCUGGACCCCGAUGUUCUGGAGAGCAUGGCAUCCCUGGGCUGCUUUCGGGACCUGGAACGGCUACACCGGGAGCUGCGCAGCGAGGAGGAGAACCAGGAAAAGAUGAUCUACUACCUGCUUUUGGACCGCAAAGAGAGAUACCCGAGUUGUGAGGAUGAAGACCUGCCCCCGAGGAAUGAUGUUGACCCUCCCAGGAAACGAGUGGACUCCCCUAUGCUGAGCCGUCAUGGGAAGCGGAGACCUGAGCGCAAGUCCAUGGAGGUCCUCAGCAUCACUGAUGCGGGCAGUGGGGGCGGAGGCUCCCCUGUGCCUACCCGGAGAGCCCUGGAGAUGGCCCAGCACAGCCAGAGCACCCUUCCCCAGUUCCCUUCCCUGACCCCCUUGCUCCUGCUCUCUCCCCGUUCUUCCCUGAAAUACAGAUCCCGAAGUGUCAGCGGUGCCUCCACUGGACUCUCCUCCAGCCCACUGAGCAGCCCCAGGAGCCCAGUGUUCUCCUUCUCUCCAGAGCCUGGGGCCAGUCCUGGGGAGGAGGCCCGGGCAGGAAGCUGCCCAUCGCCAACACCCAAGACUCAGACGCUGCCAUCUCGGGGUCCCCGGGGAGGAGGUGCGGGGGAGCAGCCGCCACCUCCCAGUGCUCGCUCCACACCCCUGCCUGGAUCUCCCCGCACAUCUCCGGGGGCUGCAACACCCCCGCCCUGCUCCCCACGGGCCAGUCCCACUGGCACACCAGGUGCCACGCCACCUCCUAGCCCUGGGGCUGGUGGGGGUGUGGGGGGUGCUGCUUGGAGAAGUCGCCUCAACUCCAUCCGUAACAGUUUCCUUGGCUCCCCUCGAUUCCACCGGCGCAAGAUGCAGGUCCCCACAGCAGAAGAGAUGUCCAGCUUGACACCAGAGUCAUCUCCAGAGCUGGCAAAGCGCUCCUGGUUUGGGAACUUCAUUUCCCUGGACAAGGAUGAGCAGAUCUUCCUGGUGCUGAAGAACAAGGCCCUGAGCAGCAUCAAGGCUGACAUAGUCCAUGCCUUCUUGUCGAUCCCCAGCCUGAGCCACAGCGUGCUGUCCCAGACCAGCUUCCGGGCCGAAUAUAAGACCAGCGGGGGCCCCUCCGUCUUCCAGAAACCUGUCCGCUUCCAGGUUGACAUCAGCUCGUCCGAGGGCCCUGAGCCACCUCCCAGGCGGCGGGAGCGGGACGGCAGCGGGGUCUACUCAGUCACCUUUACACUCAUUGCCGGUCCCAGUCGUCGGUUCAAACGUGUGGUGGAAACGAUCCAGGCCCAGCUCCUCAGCACCCACGACCAGCCAUCGGUGCAAGCACUGGCAGAUGAGAAGAAUGGGGCCCAGCCACGGUCCCCUGCCAGCACCCCUCCCCGAGGGCUGCAGCCCCCACCAGGCCGGUCUGAACCCCCUGAACUGGGUGGCUCCCCUCGGCGUGGGCCGCCCCCCAAGGACAGGAAGCUGCUGGCGGCCAGUGGGAGUCCCCAGCCCUGAUCUCCAUCCCCCUUUUCCUCCUACAUCCUGGUUCCCAGCUCCCAUUCCUUCCCCCUCGGGGGUCACUCUGGCCACAGACCCCACCCAUCCUCCCCACCUCCCCAUCAACCCCCACAACUGUGAAGCUGUAAAUACGGCCAGGGCAUGGGGUGGGGGCCCAGGGGUUCAGUGACCCUCGAAGGGAAGGGGGACUGG